AUGCCGCUGAAGAUGUUGAAAUUCGGAACAAAUGUUGAUCUUUCGGAUGAUGUAAAAUGGAAGGCCCAAAUACAAGAACUUUCCAAAAUGCCUCCUUUUUGUCGCAUCAUUGCGGGGUGCAAUAUGCUUUCGCAUCUCGGACAUACGGUUUUGGGAAUGAAUACUACUCAACUGUACAUGAAG